AUGGCUGGGAAGGAGGUGGCAGUGCUGUGGCUGCUGGCUGUGUUGGGCUGGGGGCUCGGGGGGAAGGUGUUGGUCUGGCCGGCUGACAACAGCUACUGGCUGAACAUGGAGUACAUACUCCAGGAGCUUGUGGCCCAGGGCCACAAGGUGACGGUGCUCCUGCCUUUGUGCUUCCUCAUCCUCAACCCCACACAGCCCUCACCCUUCCAAGAGUGCUACCUGUCUUUACAAGAAAGUCUUUACACGAUAGCUCAACUGGUGUACAAGCUGGAGAAUGUAACCAAAAUAAUUUGUGAAGUCCUGAAGAAUGAGGCACUGCUGGAGAGGCUGAGGGCAUCCACCUUCGAUGUUGUUUUGGCAGACCCAUUACACCCAAGUGGGGAGCUGUUUGCUGAGAAGCUGGGUAUGCCCUUCAUGUAUACCAUCCGGUUCUCCAUAGGCAAGACAGUGGAGCGGCUCUGUGGGACACUCCCACCACCUCCUUCCUACAUACCAGCCACUCUAAGCUGCCUAACAGAUAGGAUGUCCUUCCUGGAAAGGCUAAAAAACAUCUUCACCUACACUAUGCAGGAUAUCAUAUAUCAUUACCUUCUCUGGGGAAGUUGGGAUCAAUACUACAGUGAUGUUUUAGUGUAUCCAGUCCUGAAGGAGGUGUGA